GGCUGCGCCUGCGCAGAUUGGUUUCGAAGGUUGGGACUGUUGUCUGCGUUGUGGUCGUGGUGUGAAAGUUCCCUAAAUUUGGUCUGAAGUGCUAGAUAAGAGGAAUUUAGAAAGAUGCCACUUUUUGGAAACACAUUCAGUCCAAAGAAAACUCCACCCAGAAAAUCAGCUUCACUUUCCAAUCUCCAUUUGCUGGACAGAUCUACCCGUGAAAUUGAGCUGGGCUUAGAAUAUGGAACCCCUGUUAUGACACUUACAGGACAGAGUCUGAGGUUUGAGAAUGGCCAAUGGAUACCUGAAUCAUUUGGAAGCAAUGGGGACCGCAGGGAGACACAGCGUCUUCGCAAACGGAAUCAGCAACUGGAAGAAGAGAACAAUCUUCUUCGUCUGAAAGUGGAUCUUUUGUUGGAUAUGCUCUCUGAGACAACGGCUGAAUCCCAUCUCAUGGAGAAGGAAUUGGAAGAAAUGAAAAAUUACAGCCGAAGGAGGAAGUGAAUUAUAAAUUGGCAAUCACUAGGAGAUAAGGGGAAGAAAUAACAGGCAAAUAUGAUUUAGAGCGAUCAGAUUCAUCACUUCUGAAGUCACAUCUGCCUUGGGAGACUUUGCUGCCUUCGACUCUUUAUAGCCCCAACUAAGAAAUAGUUAGUUCCAGCGCUGUAAGGAAGCUAGUAUCUUCUUUUUUCUCUUUGUGAAACUUCUUUUCAAGUGCUCUUAACAUACAUUCAUUAUAUUACUAAGAUGAUUAAGUAUAGACAACAUUUAUGUCAUCUUCCCAAGAAGAUAGCAACCAUUCUGAAAGAUCAGAUGAGAAGAUAUGAACAUUCCUUGCAAUACAUCUCAGGAUACUUACUGAUAAUGAAAUGUCAGUUUAUUAAGCUAGAAUAUAUGCAUGCAGCAUGCACUCACUUUUGUCAGCUUAUGUGAAUUGUAAAGCAAGCUAGAAAGCUGAAUUUACUCAUAAUUCAUAAGACUGAAAACAUGGUAAAUUGUUUCUGAACAAGGCAGGACUGAAAGUCAGCUUUGGGUUAUAAAUCCUGUCUUAAUUGAAAGUUCACACUUAACAGGUUAAGUGUGAGCUAGCAAUGUAGCCUGGUUUUGCUUUAUAUAGAGGAACAGGUUGCCUGCAAAUGGAAUGUACAUGAGUACAUGCUGCUUGUGCACAUUUUGGCUUGUCAUGCCAGGACUCAAAUUGUGUCUAAAAUAAGCGAUUAUCUUUCUUUAAUCUACUUUAGGUUCACUAUCCAUGCAUUCCUUGGCAUCUGGAGUGCAAAAUAUCUCUGAAUUGUAGUUUCUGACAAUGACUUGGUAUAUGGCAGACAAAAUAGGUAGCACACCGUAUCUUUUCAUUAGUUUCUGUUAUAGGAGAUAUCACAAAUGCUCCUGCACUUUCCCUGAAAGUAUAUAGAAAGCCAUUGGUGAGAUAACAUUUAAAUCUAUGACAUCAGAAAAAAGACACAUCUUGAGGGACCUUAAAAGCUAACAAAAUUGCUGGGGUAUCUGCUUAAUAGUCACUUGCUCACAGAUACUUAGAUGACAUAACACAUUCAUCUCAAAAAUGGCCUAUUCUACAGUUCGAAAAAAUUAGGGUUGCCUUAUAACUACAAUAAUUUACCUGUAAAGUACAAGAACAACUUUUUUAUAUAUCUUAUUUCUUUGAACUUCACACUGAAUAGCCAGUUCUUAUUAUGUCUGCUCCUUAAUUCAUAAUAAAGCACUACUUUUUUUUUAAAUUAUUUUUUUAACUAAUAACAAAAAGAACAAAAAACAAAGUGAUUUCUUUUCAAAAAGAAAAAAAAAUCACAAAAUGCUGUAAUAAAAAAUGUCAAACAAUGAUAUACUUGUCUAAUACAAAUAUUAUUUAAGAUGUAUAUUGCAUUUCUGGUAAUAUUUAUGACUUUUUAACCACCUGUAUUCUGUAUAAAUGAGUCCCAUAUUUCAUUAUCUUUGUCAGUGUAUAUAAAGGCUACAUCUAUAGGCAAUCUGCUCAUAAGCGGCCAAUGCAAUCAGGUCUUCGAUCCACUGAGUGAAAGGAGCCAUGAGUUAAUCUUUCUAAUGAUGCAAUAUCAAUCUUUUGGCCAUAAUAUGGGCAUAUCCAGUUGUCAAAUUCUAUGUACUAAAUGUGUAAAUCAAUAGAAUAUUAUCUUGAGAAUUUUAGCUUUUGUCAUACAAUCCUAUUUAUGUAAUCCACUACUUUCUGCCCAGACUUGCUAAGUAUAGGACAUUGUAAAAACAUGUGUUUUAAAAGAAGCAUUAUUCUUAAUACACCUGUAACAAAA